AUGGGCCCUUCUACUUUCUGUGACGACCUCCCUACCUCCCUGGCGGACUUACUUUCCAACACCUUGAUCCUGCGCCAAACUGCUCCCUACCUGCCAAUAUCUGCCCUUCGUAACCUGUCGCGAACCUGCAAGUCUCUACAUCAUGCCGUCUUCCAGUCGCCAGAAGCCUUCCGCUACCUGGACCUCUCCCCUGUAAAGUCUGCUAUUGUGCCUUUCGAUGGACCUCUUGAUGUCGGUGGUGUCAGUUUUCGCGCUGAGCGAAUGGAUGAAGCCCUCACAGAAGACGAUUUCUACAGCGGUCCUCUACGCCACAUCUUCAACAGGCUGGAGAAGCUCCAUGUUCUGCGUAACGUACAUACACUUGUCCUAGACGGACUCAGCGUGACAGCAGAGUUGGUCAAAGAAUUGCUUACGGAAGAACGAUUCAACGUUCGUAUACUUUCUAUUCGCGAAGCUAAGCACAUGAACGAGCGCAAGCUUCAGCAAUACCUCCAAUAUGCGGUUCGACCAUCAAGGCCCGCGGGCACACCUCGAGUCAAAGGCAUCUACAUCUUUGGACCCCGCGACCGAACACCGCGUCCUGCAUCGCCCGUGACGAGAAAACUAUCCGCAGACAUUCCUAGAGGCGUGACGACUUCACAAGGGGCGCAGAUUGGGGCACAAUGGAACGAGAAAUCGCAACAAGCCUUGGACGCUGUACUAGCGCAGACGGAGGACAAAUGGUAUCAAUCUUCUGGCAAAAUCAUACCAAAGCGGCCGUCCCCGGAAUGGGCAGAAAUACUCCAAGCAUGCGAAGGCAUCAUUGCUUUCGAUGCUGUUCUGUGCAGAGGACCACGACAUGACCCGAGCAAAGCAUAUGUUAGGGAUGCAACUGCGAGUGGAGCGACUCAUCCAUCCUCUUUCCUGCGGCCUACAAUCGCAACUGUCGCACUUGGCCCAUCGGGCUGCGAGACAUGUCACUCGUCUCCAGAAGGACCAGCAGUUUUCGGCGACUCAAGCCCAUCACAUCAUCCAUUACUCAGCCCGGUACCGCUGCAUGGCUCCUCUGUGCGUGCUGCCCAGAUACCGCAUACUCUCGACGGUUCUGCGCCACCGCCUCUGAUAGUGCGAUGCGAGGACUGCCUCAAGGGACGCUGGUGCGAAAGAUGUCACAAAUGGUGGGACGAGGAUUGUUAUACUGGAUCCGUUACCGCCCAACGUACGGAACUACAGCAGACCGAGCUUACUGAGAGCUUGAAACCUGAUGGGACUAGUCAACUGCUCCCAAAGCAAACGAUCAAGGUACAUAUGGGCCUCUGCGUGGAACACUGCCUCCGUGAAGAAAUGAUGGCCGGAGCCGGUAGCGACGGGAUGUGGGGAUGA